AUGCCACUUUUGAGGGGUGGUCGGUACGCCGUUACGCGGACAAAAAAGUACCUUGAUUCAGGACGAAUUGUUUUUCGAGAAUGUGUAAAGGUUAUGGCUAUAAACACAGUGUCAAAAAGUGAAAUAUCUGAUGGUACCCGGGAAUUCAUCCGGUGGCAUCUGCCUCCACUUCAGUAUAAAAAUCCCGGCGUUCAGGUUGAUGUUUGCCCUACCCCAUUUAUUAAGUUCUAUUUAUCUAAUGGUAAAGAACUGGACGUCGACUGCUCGUUUCACGCCGCCGAUAGUAUCCAAGACCACAUCGCUGCAGUUUGCUCAAAAACGUACGAAACUUUAAAGAAAGAGCAGGUUGAGAAUCAAAAAAUCAUAAAUCCUGCGAAUUUCGGAACAAAGUACCCACGUCAGUGUAUGUGCGAAGUGUAUGGCCAGGUGUGCAUUUACCAUGGUCUGUUUACUCUCACAAUCCCAACUCAACAUGGAUCGCAUUUUUUUGACCACUAG